CUGCAUCCGUGAAAAUUCAAAAGUUACACGACUCUUGACCUGUGAACAACGCAAUACAACCAGUACUCAGCCAUAAGUUGUGCGUACAAAAGAAAACACUGCAGCAUAUUCUUAUAUCAACUGUGCCAGUAUUCGGUGUUAAUUAAUAUUCAGCAUUAAAAAGCAACAGUUUGCCGAGCGACACUUGUGUUGCUUAAAUAGUCACCCUCCUACACAAGCACACACACAUAGAGCCAACCAUCUCUGUGCUUGCAAGAUGUCCACCCACCAUCAGCACGCCAUUCAACGCACCCUGUUUGCGCCCACACUGCUACUCGCCACUUCUGCGGCUUUGUUAGCGCUCAUCGCCUAUGCUGAUGCCAAAUCGACGGGCAUUGUUUUACCACAACAACAACAGCAGCAGCAGCAACCGAAUACACUACUCGCCGACAUUGAUAAUGACGAUAUGCGAGACAAUGAUUUGAGCAGCAACGAUGCAGCGAACUACGACAAACGCAUGGAACGCUACGCAUUCGGUUUGGGACGACGCGCCUACACAUACACCAACGGCGGCAAUGGGAUGAAACGCCUGCCCGUCUACAAUUUCGGUUUGGGCAAACGCGCACGUCCCUACUCAUUUGGCUUGGGCAAGCGUGGUGAAUACGAUGAAGAUCAGUACAUUGAUGAGCUGUUGAAUGGCAACUCCUAUGGCAACUCUUAUGGCAAUGGUUACGAUGCGGCAUUUUUUGAUGAAAAACGCAACCGACCCUACAGCUUUGGUUUAGGCAAACGCUCACUACAGGAGCCACCACCACACCGUUACGGUUUCGGACUGGGACGACGUUAAGCGAUGUACAUGCACAUGCAGACACCCCCUCCAUCUCAAAAGACAACAGUAAAACCCCCUUAACUAAUGCAAACCUAAAUAAAUGAAGAAGCGCACGAACUGAAAGUUGAAUUCAAAUGCGGGCAUCAUUUGACUUUCGAGUGGCCGAAGCUGAAAAUAUUUACGAAAUAUCAACUGAAAACAAAUAAUACACACAUACAUAUAUAUUACGAAUAGCAUUUACUUCUAGUCAGCGAUGUUUCUAGUCGACAGUUGGACAGUUGGCCAGAUUUGAGAGCCAAAUUGGUUGGGUGCAGGGCAGAGUUUCCAUACCAUUUGGCUUUCAAAUGCGCCGCUGCGAACAUAAUAUGUCUAAUUUUAUUGUUAUUAAAUGUUAGCAAACACUAAGCUGAAUUUUAAGUUGGGGAGCAUACACACGCACACAUACAUACAUACACUACAUACUAACUGAAAUGUCAAAAAAUAAACAAAAUCGAUUGCCAAUUACAUGUGAAUAUAUAUAUAAUUUUAGAAAAUCAUCAUAUUGAAAACAAAAAAAAUAUAUUUUACAACAAACAUACAUACAUACAUACAAACAAGCAUAUACUAAUACUUAUAUACUAUACUGAAAACAUGUAUGUAUGUAAUAUUUAUCUUAUAUAUGUAUGUAUAUUAUAUAAUAAUGUGUGUACAGUUAUGUAUAAUAGUGGACACUGAAUUGUUGUUGCUGCAGAUAUAUGAACAUAAUGUUAGCUUAUACUUAUGUAUGUAUUUAACGGUUAUUUAUAUAUAUAUAUAUAUAAAUAUAACAUAACGGCAAUUCAAAAAUGGAUUGAAGCAAAAAAAUUAAAAAUAAAAAGAAAUCACAAAAAUAAAAACAAAAAGAAAUCACAAAAAAUACAAAAGCAAAAAGCAAGUAUUAAAGCAAAUUAAGCACAUAUUUUGAAAAAAUAUAAUAUAUCUGUAUAAAAAUCUGUAUGUAUGUAUAUGUAGAGAGAGGUAACCUGAUCUGUAGAAAUGAGUAACUAAAAUAUAAAAGUGCUAAUCAGAGUUAAAA